GAUGGCACUGCAGCUGCAAAUCGAGAAGCUCAAAGGGCUGGACAACUACAAGGCCUGGUCGAUGACGGUGCGGGCGUAUCUGGAGUCCGAGGAACUCUGGUCGGUGGUGGAGAAUGGUCCCGAGAAUAACGAGGAGUCCCUGCUGAAGGACAAGCGCGCCAAGUUCUUGAUCCUCUGCCUGAUCGAGACCAAGUUGUGCCAAUUCAUGGUUAGCAUCCGCACGGCCCGGGAUCUGUGGAACUACUUGCGCACCCAGCACUCGUUGCGCUAAAAUCAAAUAGAUCAGUUCCAGUCGAUUGUAUUGGAAAAAUAUAUGUAUUACAGUUUUUA